UAAGCAAAGGAGACUAAUUAUUUCAUGUUAUGUAUAAAAGGCAAUAAUAAUAAUAUUGCCAGACCCACUUGUUAUAUACGGCAGAAUGUCUAUGAUAUGGAACAGACCCACUUGUUAUAUACGGCAGAAUGUCUAUGACAUGGAAUGAUGUAUCGUGUAACUCGCGUUGUAAGGACACGAAACCAUGACGAAAUCGAUUACUUGCGCAACUGUUACUCAUGUUUCGUGUGUUUCUCAAGAUCUGGUUCGUCGGUUCCAAGCAAGAUAAUUCACAGUCUUCUCCAACAGCUGAAAACCUGACUUGUACUUUUAGUGGUUAGCUGUCAGAUCUUCUCGUGAUUUUGUUUUUAUAUCUUUAGGCAGAUGGUUGUGCACACACACACAAAAUCAACCCCAGGCUGGUGUAAUGCCUUAUGUAAGCUUGCUUGUGUUCAGUAAAAUGUUGAACUUAGCUCUCGUCCCUAGAUCGUGCGGCAUAAGAUUCACAUCUGAGAGACGGAUAGAUAGAUCCCUGAGGCGUAAUCGUUAUUUGACUUUUGUAACCACGCAAACGUCACAGCGUGUUGAUCCCUGAACAGUAAACUUGAAAUUGAAAUUCGUGUUUCAUCUGACAAAAAUCGCACGAAAAAUAAACCCAACUGAUAAAAGCGGGACCAGUCUUGAAAGAUAAGACUAUACUAAUAGCUUCGUAAUUUGUCUUUUUCUCCAGUAAAGGUGUUCAUAAAAAAUAUCUCCCGCGUUCCAGAAGUUUCAACUAAAAUAAUAUCACAGAUAAAAAUUAGCUACAAAAAGGAGGAUUAGAUCGUAAAAUUAUGAACAUUACAAGGACAUAAAAAAGUUGAAACGAAGACUAAUGACCUAAUGAUAGCCUUGAUAUCAUAAAUUCAAAUACGAAUAUCACGUAGCAUGAUAUUACCGAAAGACACCUUUUCAGAUCAACAUAACGGGGUGGACUCUGAUAAUUAUCAGAAACAGAAGCACAAUGUCAUCUAAACCAUCAAGUGAUCGUCAGUUCUUGGUGGAAAGCUUGGAUUUUCUCAGCCCAAAUCAGCUGCCAACCCAGCAGGGUUUUAGAAGUCACAGUUUCAUGUGCUUGUCUAAUAGUAGAAAUGGCUCCGAUAGGGACUCUGAAGAGUGGCCAGAGGUUCCUUUGUCACCUUUAGAUCAUUCAGUUAAAACCUGGCAAGGAGGACCAACUCCUGUCACUUUAAUCUGUCCUAACCCUCGAACUACAAAAUCUAUAACAUUUGCGCAAAAGGACUGCGUUUGCUAUUCUGAUUCUGAGGGCCAAACAGACUCCAUUCGCGAAACACGCAAUGUUCAACCAAAGUCAUCUUCGUCUUCAGAUGACCUUCCACGAAAAACAAGAUGGCUCAUCAUUAUAACUGGUAUAGUUAUAAUCCUAAUGAGUAUUUUACUGGUGGGUGUUUCGUUACGUCUUGCUCCAGUUAUAGAUGACCUUGUUCGCAAAGAAAAUGAAGAUAUUUUCCGAUUUAUGACAUCUACUAUCUCACCUUACGGCGAUGCUGAUAAUCAAACAUCCAACGUCACGGGACAGCCAGGAUAAUCACAUUCCAGUAUUUGUUUGCUCUCCAAUCAGACAUUUAUAUUUACGGUGAAAGUUUCAAAACACGGCUAUUAGCAAUAAAAUAAUGUCUUGGGAAUAUGGAUUAUUAAAUAGUUGAGAUAAAAUUCUAUCUGAAGUUGCCAAAAUAGUUUUUAAACAAGCCACCCGAAAUGACUCUUUGAUAACCUAGAUGCUGCUUGGUGGCAACUUACAAGUUUGCCACCCAAUAAAAAAUAUAUCUAUCUAAGUGCUGAAAUAAUAGUAAUACUAAUAAUAGUAUCGUCUUAAUAUUCUUUAUGGUAGUGGUCUUUGGUGCCUUGUGCAUACAAGUCUCUACACGAGAUAUUAUUAGAUAUAUAAACAUUUAUUCAACAUACAAGGAAGACCACAUCAACCCUGUAUGGAGGUCGUCAGCUGUAACUUUUAAAAGCCUGAGUAGAUUGUGUACGUGUUUCUUCUUUAGAAGGAAAAAAAAACGUAUGGAAUUUUUUUUUCAUCUUCUAAAAGUUUGUCACCUCCAGAUUGAAAUGCACCGUAUAUAUAUAUAUAUAUUCUUUCGCAUUAUUUUCAUUCCACUUUGUAACCAUUUUCUGUAAGCAUGUUCGUUUGCUUUCUUAUAAUUAAUGAUGUUCUGCGUGUUCCAUAUUAUUGAAAUUUGUUGGUAGAGAAUAUUUUAUUUAAAUUUAUCAAGGACAGAAACAUUUUUAUAGACAAAAAAAGAAAGAAACACCCUGCACUGAUGAAAAGAAAACAACAACAGUAGAUUUAGCCCUCGAUUGAAGAGAUUACAAAUAUUUUGUUUUAAAUGCAUAUAUAUAUUUUAUUUCUACAACUACAUUUUAAUUAACUUUUAAUGGAAUGGUUUAUUAGUAUAAGAGCUACUUUCAGCCUGGAGUUUUUCUUGUACGUCAACUGAAAAUGUAUUUGAGAUUUUAGAGCACGCUCAGAAAUGCCUACGAUGUUGUUGUGCAGUGUCGUUGUGUUAAAUGCUAGAUAUGUAAUUUAAGUGUCGUGAUCUUCGAUUUAAAACAAAAAACAAGUUUGUAGUAGAUAAAUAGUAAUGUGUACAUCGAAACAUAGAAAUAGUGUCUCAUGAGACUGGGUAUUGUUUCAUGGUGAAAUUUGUUUGUUUGUAGUAAUGCAAACACAAAGCUACACAAUGGGCUAUCUGUGCUCUGCCCACCACGGGUAUCGA